CAUUUAUCACAUUAUUUCUUUACAGAAUGAUGUCCACUCUAAUUCUCCUUGUCCUCGGCUUUCCUUUUUGUUUCACAGUUCAGGAUGGAUCCCUUUGGCCUGUGCGAGAGUUCCGUGGGGCCUGGAUAGCAACAGUCGCCAACAUAGACUGGCCAUCAUCUCACUCCCUGACAACUUCCCAACAGAAAAACGAACUAAUUACUAUGUUAGAUAAACUCCAGGAGGACAAUUUUAACGCCAUUGUAUUACAGGUGAGAACAUCCGGGGAUGCUUUGUACAACUCUUCUUUAGAACCUUGGAGUUACUACCUAACGGGAAAACAGGGGAAAGCACCCAGUCCCUAUUAUGAUCCUCUAGAAUUUGCUGUGCAGGAAGCUCAUAGAAGAAACAUGGAAAUACAUGCCUGGUUUAACCCUUACAGAGCUAGAAGUGGGAGUUCUUCGACAUCCGGAUUGGCACAUAAUCAUAUGGCACACAGAUUUCCACAAUAUACUUACCCGUAUGGUCAUAAUCUAUGGAUGGAUCCCGGUGCUAAAGUUGUUCAAGAUUUUAUUCUCUCUGUAUUUCGAGAUGUAGUUACUCGGUAUGACAUUGAUGGCGUUCACAUGGAUGACUAUUUUUACCCUUACCCAGUAUCCGGUGUACCCUUUCCAGAUUCUCACACAUAUAGCGCUUACAUUUCAGGAGGUGGUCAGCUAUCAUUGGCGGAUUGGAGGCGUGAUAGUGUAAACACUCUUGUUCAAGGAAUUUAUACUUCAGUAAGAUCCAUUAAAUCUCAUGUCAAGGUUGGCAUCAGUCCAUUUGGCAUCUGGAAAUCCGCCCAUCCUCCAACGAUCCGCUGUCUGUCCAGUUAUGACUCACUUUAUGCAGAUUCUAAAAAGUGGCUGGAGUUAGGAUGGGUAGAUUACCUGACGCCGCAGCUCUACUGGAAAAUAGAUCCACCACAGCAGAGUUAUCCUGUGCUGCUGGACUGGUGGCUACAACAGAACAAGAUGAAUCGUCAUGUGUAUGCCGGAAACUACGCCAGUGGAGUCCAGACCAAAUCGUGGUCAGUAAGUGAGAUUGAACGACAAGUUGGACUGUCACGUGACCGACGUGAUCACCUCAGUCUAGGAAAUAUUUUCUUCAGUGCAAAAAUAUUUUCGCAUAAUACUCAUGGUAUUGCCAAUACUUUUACAUCAGGCGAGUAUUCAACGCCUGCUAUACAACCUGAAAUGGCGUGGCUAACAGCGCCUGCACCAUCAACUCCACAAAAUGUUCAUGCAAGUGCAGACUCCAAACUGCAUUGGUCCUCAGAUUCAUCAAAUACGGUGAGAUCUUGGGCAGUUUACACCUUUAAAGCAGAUGUAUGGGAACUUUUGAAAGUGCUUGACAGAGACACAUUACAAUUAAGCGUACCUGCUGGGUACUACGCCAUGAGGGGUGUGAAUCGUCUGGGGAAGGAAAGUGAAGCUGUGGUUAUUCAUGUAAAUGGUGUUUCAGUCAGUGUUGUUGGGAAAUAAUCAUAAUACAUAUAUUUACAAAUUUUGUA